AUCUUCUUUUCCUUUUACUGAAAGAAAGUCUGAGACAAAACCCCAACCCUAACAAGCACAAAAUCAUCUUCAUCUUCCUCUCUUCGAUGAUGGCAAUAGAGGAGACAUUGACGUGUGCUCUUCUUUGCUAAUUCAUCCUCAUCUUCAUCUUCCUCAGACAUUGACGUGCUACUAAAUCAUCUUCUUCUUCGUCUUCUUCUCUUCGAGGAUGGCAAUGGAGGUCUUGACACGCGUUUGAGCUUUGAUUCUCUCUGCUUGUAGUUCGAGAUUCAAUCUUCUCUGCUCGCAAUCGAGAUUCAAUCCACUUUGUUCGCGUUUGACCUUCGAUCGUCUCCGCUAGCAGUUCGAGCUUCCAUCAUUUCUGCUCACUUGUUCAUCACCGGAUCUAUAAAGUCUUUAGGUUUUGCUUGCCGUUCAUCUAUGAUCUCUUCCAAUUUGCCAGCGUUCUUCUGUUAGGGUUCAUCACCGCUGAUCAUUGUUUUACAGCUGUUUGAUUUUGCUGACAAGUAUAGAGGAUCGUACUCGCUUUCUUGCCCAUUCUACUGCUCCUACUCAGGUUACCAGGUUCUUUUGUCAAUUUGCUCAUUGUUGACGGAUCCCAACCCUGCUAAGUAUGAAGCUACUGCACGCAGCUGAACACUAAGUGCAAAUUAUUGCGGCAUGACCUCGUUUUCCCAGGACUCAUCCAAGAACUGGAUGAGUUUACCAAGACAUAGCCAAGAGUUUAGAGACGGCAUCAAUAGAUUCUUGGACUAUGCUUACUCCGUUGAAAAUCCUCAAGGAGAGGAAAUUCUAUGUCCUUGUGCAAAAUGUUGCAACUUCCUUUGGGGUCAAAGAGAGUCUAUUUAUAGCCAUUUAAUAUGCUUUGGAUUUGUCAAGGGCUAUACACGAUGGGUUAAUCAUGGGGAAAGUGUAAUUGGUAUGGAUGUCGAUACUGGUGAUACCGGUGAGAUUUAUUCAUGCGAUGACAUUGAAGGCUUGCUAGACGAAAGGUUUAGGAAUGUGGCAGAUGUUGAGGGAGAAAAAGAAGGUAUGAACGAAGAUGCAAAGAAGUUCUAUAAUUUGGUUGACGAGGCUAGCAAAGAACUAUAUCCUGGUUGCAAGGGAUUUUCUACGUUAUCUUUCACCAUCCGACUAUACUUGUUGAAGUGUUUACAUGGAUGGAGCAAUGCCUCAUUCACUUCCCUCCUGGAGUUGUUGAAAGAGGCUAUUCCUAACUUGAAUCUCCCUUCUUCUUUCAACAAAGCCAAGGCUAUGGUGAGAGAUUUAGGUCUUGAUUAUAAAAAGAUUGAUGCAUGCCCAAAUGAUUGCAUGCUAUAUUGGAAAGAGCACGAGAAUGAAACAUGUUGCCAUGAAUGUGGAACUUCUCGUUGGAAUGAGCCUGUGGUAGUUGAAGGUGACAUAUCUUCAAAGAAAGCUCACAACAUUCCUGCAAAGACAUUACGGCACUUUCCCCUAAUUCCCAGGCUUCAAAGGCUAUUCAUGUGCUCAAAGACCGCUAAGAAUAUGAGUUGGCAUCAGGAAUAGCGUAUAUUUUGAAUAUUAGACAACACUUGUAUGGUUGCAUAUCCAAAAGAAAAAGCAACACUUGUAUAGGUUGCAUAUCCAAAAGAAAAGGCAAUAUUUUAAAGGGUUGCAUAUUCAAAACUAAUAGGCAACACUUCAAAGGAUUGCAAAUUCCAACUUAUAAGCAACACGUAAAAGAGUUGUAUUUUAUUUUAAAU